AUGCUGAAAUUUCUAGUCGCUCUCCUGGUGUUUUCUGCUCUUCCAGCUUUUGGAUUUCCUGCUGAAAAUUCCUCAAAUGUCUCGAAAAUUGAAGAAAAUGCGGUUAUCGAAAGAAUUGGAACAUCUCAGGAGGUGACAGUGAUUGAUGGAAAUUAUAGUGGAAAGGAGGCGAAACCUCGCUUAGCUCGUCACAGUCACAGCCACAGCGACACUGGAUCAUCAUCAUCACAUACUUCAAGUGGACACACCCACUCUUACUCGGAUAGUGGAUCCCAUCACCACCAUCAUUAUUUCUAUUCCAGCCCCAUCCAUUCUUACUCCUACUACAGUAGUCCCAGUUAUUAUACGGACUACAGUAGUACUUCAUACAGUAGUCCCAGCUACUACAGUAGCUAUUACAGUAGUCCAAGUUAUUAUGGGUAUGGUUACGGUAGCUAUGGCUACAACAACAACAACUAUGGAUACAACAAUUGCCAAAAUAACUACUAUUAUGGUUCCUAUUAUGGAUGUUCUUCUAAUUAUUAUUAUGGAAGGAAAUGA